AUGAAUUAUACUACUGCUAUUAUAUUUGAUUUUUACUUGACUGAAACAUCGAAGUUGAUAUUCGAGAAACUUCCAUAUGCGCUUACACAGAAGCCCAAAAAGGCUACCGCAUUUGCAUAUUGCAAAAGGGGUAGAGGAGUACUAAGGGUCAAUGGGCGCCCUUUGAGCCAGGUUGAGUCUGAAAUGCUCCAGGACAAACUACAAGAACCCAUUCUGCUUCUUGGAAAGGACAAGUUCUCUGCAGUAGAUGUGAGAGUUCGUGUAAAUGGUGGAGGACAUGUUUCCCAAAUCUAUGCUAUCAGGCAAGCGAUAUCCAAAGCUCUGGUAGCAUACUAUCAAAAAUAUGAAGAAUACAAAAAGGAAUUGAAGGACAUCUUGAUCUAA